GCCCUUUACGCCGCCCGUUGCCCCCUCCUGCGCCCCCCCUUUUGGAAGGACCUGCCGGCCCGGUUGGUGGACGUGGGGUUCGGGGGUCGCUGGUGGGUCUUGGGGUCCCGCCUGCGCGACUGCGACAUCAACGAGGAGGAGUUUUUGGGGCUCCCCCCACCCCUGAGGCGCCUGGACCCCCAAAAUCUCCGCUCCCACCGCAACGAGGAGCUCUUCCUGGAGAAGUUCAAGCCCGUCCUCCUCAGCCCCGAGGAGAUCCGGGGGGAGGGGGGGGACGGGGAGCACUGAUUUGGGGGGCUCGUUAGCCCCCCCCGAGUUCUCGUUUGUAACCCCCUCUCUUCUUUAAAUGGCAUUUCUCAUCCAUCAA